GCCCAUUUCCCCGCUUCGGCUUGCACGAGACUCUUCUUCCUUUUUCUUCUGGAAUUCAAAACUCGAUUCUGCAAUCUUCCCCUCCCUCCCUCUCUCUCUCCCCCAAAAUUUCAGUGCAGUGAAUAAAUCUUAAUUGAUCCUCCAUGGAAAUGGAAAUAGACCCCGAUGACCUUUUCAGAGACGACGACGACGACGCAGACAAUGAACUCUUCCAGGGAAGGGAGUCGACGAAGGAUCUUGUGGUGUACUUGGUUGAUGCUUCCCCCAAAAUGUUUAGCACUACUUGCCCAUCCGGGGACGAUAAGGACGAAACUCAUUUUCAUGUUGCUGUGAGUUGUAUCGCACAGUCUCUGAAGACACAAAUCAUUAAUCAUGCAUAUGAUGAAGUUGCCAUAUGCUUCUUUAACACUAGGGAAAAAUGGAACUUGCAAGAUUUAAAUGGUGUUUAUGUGUUUAACGUUGCUGAACAAGAGUAUCUAGACAGGCCAACAGCAAGGCUAAUUAAAGAAAUUGAUAGCGUAGAAGAAUCAUUUAUGAGCAAAAUCGGGAGUCAGUAUGGUAUUGUCUCUGGGUCCCGAGAAAAUUCUCUUUACAAUGCCCUCUGGGUGGCCCAAGCACUGUUGCGUAAAGGAUCUUCGAAGACAGCCGAAAAGCGCGUUCUUUUAUUUACAAAUGAAGACAAUCCAUUUGGCAACAUUACGGGAGUGAUAAAGACAGAUAUGAUGAGGACCACAUUGCAGCGGGCUAGAGAUGCACAAGAUCUUGGCAUCUCAAUUGAACUUCUUCCAUUGAGUCGACCUGACAGUGAUUUCAAUGUUUCUACUUUCUACUCUGAUUUACUUGGACUCAAAAGUGAUGAUCUUGCUCGAUUUAUGCCCGCAGCAGGAAAAAAAUUGGAAGAUAUGAAGGAUCAGCUUAGAAAGAAAAUGUUCAAGAAGCGCCUAGUUAGAAAAAUCACUUUCUCAAUUGCCAAUGGAUUAUCAAUUCAACUGAAUUCAUAUGCUUUAAUUCGGCCCACUCUUCCAGGAGCGAUAACCUGGCUUGAUUCUGUGACUAAUCGUCCUCUGAAGGCUGAAAGAUCUUUCAUCUGUGCUGAUACUGGGGCAUUGGUGCAAGAAUCUGCUAAACGUUUUCAACCUUACAAGAGUGAAAAUAUAAAGUUUUCGGUGGAGGAGCUUUCGGAGAUAAAAAGAUUUUCAGCUGGACAUCUUCGUCUUCUUGGUUUCAAGCCAUUAAAUUGCUUAAAAGAGUUUCACAACUUGAGGCCGUCAACAUUUGUUUUUCCUACUGAUGAGGAACUGAUUGGUAGCACAUCUAUUUUCAUUGCCCUUCAUAGAUCCAUGCUAAGGCUAAACCGUUUUGCAGUUGCAUUUUAUGGGAGUUCAUCUCGCCCACAAUUGGUUGCUCUUGUUGCCCAAGAUGAAAUAAUUAGUGCUGGUGGUCAGGUUGAACCACCGGGAAUGCAUAUGAUAUAUCUUCCGUACUCCGAGGACAUUAGAAACACUGAAGAGCUUCAUACAGGUUCAAAUGAUGCACCACCUCAUGCAAAUGAUGAUCAAAUCAGAAAAGCUGCUGCUUUAAUCAAACGUUUUGACUUGAAAGAUUUCUCAGUAUUCCAAUUUGCCAAUCCUGCCUUGCAGAGACACUAUGCAGUACUGCAGGCCCUAGCGCUGGAGGAAGAAGAAAUACCAGAAACCCAGGAUGAAACAGUGCCUGAUGAGGAAGGAAUGUCUAGACCCACAUUUGUUAGUGCAUUAGAAGAAUUUAAGCUGUCUGUCUAUGGGGACAAUUGUGACGAGGAAAAUGCAGUGGGAAAUGGAAAAGAAAGUGAGACCUCCAAAAAACGAAAAGCUGUUGCUGACAAUGCAGUCAAAGAGUGUGCUAACUAUGAUUGGGGUGGCCUUGCAGACAACGGAAAGUUAAAGGAUAUGACAGUGACACAGUUGAAGUACUAUCUGACGGCAAAUAAUCUUCCGCUUGCUGGGAAGAAGGAAGCUUUGAUUAGUCGAAUUUUGACACACUUGGGGAAAUGACCAAGGCUAGCUAUAUAACUUGUUUGCGAGAUGGAAUGCUGUGCGGCUACCGUUGCGAUGCGUGGAAUGUUUUGAUGGGGUUUAUGUACCACCCACUAGGGACCCUAGAUGCAUCAAAAUAACCUGCUGUUUUGCAAAGCUCAAGGCUCAAUUUUCUGGUGUAGAAGACAAUCUACUCAAUGUAGGAUUACAAUUGUAUUUUAUGAUCAGAUGUCAACUUUUCCUGCUUUUCGACUAAUUUAUUGGAGUGCUGGCAAAACGUGGUUAACUAAUAUUUAGGCGUCCUUUGGUA